UCGCCUUGUGGUUUGUGAUUAUGACGCUAUAAAGCGGCGUGGUUUUAUUUGAUAAAUAAAUGUAUUUCACCUCAAUUUUUAUUAUAAAACUUUAAUCAACAAUGGCGGGUGUUCUAUUCGAAGAUAUAUUUAACGUGAAAGACAUUGACCCUGAGGGUAAAAAAUUCGAUCGAGUUAGCCGCUUGCAUUGUGAAUCAGAAUCUUUUAAAAUGGACCUUAUUUUGGAUAUAAAUUCAUGGAUAUACCCCAUGGAGUUAGGCGAUAAGUUUAGACUUGUGCUGGCGACGACUUUGCGAGAAAAUGGUUAUCCGGACGGAGGAGAAUGGAAUCCUUUAGAAACGGAAGGAAACAGAGCUGACAGCUUUGAAUAUGUCAUGUAUGGCAAGGUUUACAAGAUAGACGGUGACGAGGUGGCAAUGGAGCCACCGUCGAGGCUAUCAGCGUACGUUUCCUUCGGUGGUCUCCUUAUGCGGCUGCAGGGUGACGCCAACAACGUCCACGGUUUCGAAGUCGAUCAACACAUGUACUUGCUGAUGAAAAAAUUGGCGUUUUAGUUUAUUUUACGAUAAGGCAUUUGUCAGUCUUUUAGAUAACUGGGAAAUAUGAUAAGAUUUUUUAAAGCUUAAUAUGUUAAUAAUUUUUGUAUAAUUAAAAGAUAUCAAAUGAACGAUUCAAUUGAAACAAUUCAAAAGUAAAAGUUGUUGAUUUCAAGCUUUUAUAUUCCACUAGCUUCUGCCCGCGACUUCAUUCGCGUGGAACUCUUAAAGGGGAACAAUCCUGUCAUACAUGAUUAUUGCGAAACUUUAAAAGUUUAUGCAGCACACGCACACUUUGAAAAGAAGAAUAAAAACCCAGAUUUUGAAACAUUCUUCAUUGGUGCUCUGCUCCUAAUGGUCUCAGCGUAAUGAUAUAUAGCCUAUCCUCGAUAGGCUAUCUAACGCGGAAAGAAUUUUCCAAAUUGUACUGAUAGCUCCUGAGAUUAGCACGUUCAAACAAACAAACAAACUCUUCAGCUUUAUAAUAUUAGUAUAGAUUUUCUAAUGUCUUAUAUCAAACAUCUUUUAAGGAUAUACCAAUUCUAUAUGUCACAGGUACACAGAGGAAUUUGUAAUCAAAAAAUGUCUAUAAAUCAAUUUUACUAAAUGUUUAGUGGUGAACAGUUGCAAACUAUUUUUUUUAUAAUAAGUAGGACAAACGAGCGGACGGAGCAAAAUGAUGUUAAAUGGCUAUCAUCGGCUGUGAACAUCUGCAACAUUAGAGAAGUUGCAAGUGCAUUGUCCUUAAAAUUAUCAAAAAAUGGGUUUAAACCCUAUAAGAGCCCUUGCUAUUCUUGUAAAAGUAAUGCUUACCUGAAUCCAAAAUAUAUUUGUACAUUUCCUUCCAUUGUAAAAAGAA